UCUGAGUGUUUAGAGGUUUAAGACUCAUUAUCUCAUCAGCCUUGCUAUUUUUGACUUCUACAAACACAUGGGCUUGCCCACAUAGGUGGCCUGGCGGAAACCCAUUUGUCAUCAUCCGUCUCCUUGUCCCCGGCGCGGACGUCAUCCGCGCGGCGGCAUAUAAAAGACUGAGAACAAGUUGGAUUACGCAGGUAACAUCAAGUGCAAGAGAAGCAGUAUGACCUACAAGGUAGCGCUUACCGGAACAACUGGCAAACUCGGUGGUGCAGUUCUUCGUUCGAUAUGCGAAAACAAAUUGAUUGCUCCAUCUCAGCUCGUGAUCGCAACAUCGUCCGAUCCAUCUCAUUCCCGCUGGGAUGACCUGAGGGUGCAAGGUGCAAGCAUCCGCUCCGCAAAUUUCGACGAUCCUUCCUCCAUGGUAGCUGCCUUUCAGGGUUGCGAUCGUGUCUUCAUUGUAUCUUCUACCGUCAUUAGCCUUGACUUUCAUGAUUGUGCGGAGGGCGGAAGAGAGAGGCACCAUAUCGCGGCUAUCGAUGCGGCUCGGGCAGCAGGUGUCAAACACAUCUACUAUACGUCACUGGGAUUCGCGGACCGGUCCAAAAGCGAGGUCAUGCGUGCCCACUUGGUCACGGAGAAGUAUCUCCAGGACAAAGUCAAUGACACUCGUUGGACAAUUCUCCGCGAAGGCCUUUACAACGAAUCCUGGCCCCUGUACCUUGGACAUUGGAAUAUUGGUAAUGAUCAAAGGGCGGUCGUGAAGAUCGCUGGGGAUGGCAAGAUCAAUUGGACCAGCAUACCUGAUCUCGGUCUUGCCAACGCAUCGAUCAUUGUCGACGAUUCCCUGAGGUGGAACCACAAGAUAGUUACCUUGUCGGCGAUGAAUUCUCAUACCCUCGCCGAAGUCGCAGAGAUGGUUUCCAGUUCACUCGGCCGGGAGCUCAGAGUGGAAAUCGUGUCUAGGAACGAGCACGAACAAUACUAUAUCGAUGAACAAGGGGAAGAUGAAGGAAUGAUCAAAUGGUGGUCAAGGACGUAUGACGCGCUGCCGGACGGCGAGUGCGAGAAAUUUGACAACACGUUUGUUCAACUUCUGCGUCCGUUUGGUAGAGGGCCAAAGCCGAUGCAGGAAACAGUGGCCGAAAUGCUGAAAUGAAGUCGAUCGUGUAUCAAUAACUAGAAACGGACCAUGUUUUUAGAAACAAGAAAGAGUAACAUGUCGCCUUGGUAUCGCCGACAGUAGUACUCCGCUCACUCGGAUACUGUGGUGGUAGGAAGCACUCUUGAGCUCCAUGUUACAUUACACUUGACUUAUGCCGGCGGAGAAAAUCGGGCCUCUCCUUGGAUACGGCUACCCACGACAUUGAUCUGCCGCAUGACUUGUACCCGUCCUACGCACUUCGGAGUUGUCACUUCGGAGUUGUCACUUCGGAGGUUACAACUCCGAAGUGCCUGGGACGGGUAAACGACAGUUCCUUAGAUGCGACUUACUAAUGCCGCUCCAAAAAUCGAGCACUGCACUUCAUUGGUUGCUGCUUAUUAAUGCUACGCCCUGUGGUGGCCGAAACUUGCCCAGCUUGUACAUUCGUGGAGCUAG